CUUUCCGUUUUUGCCCCCAUACUUUUUUGGUUUCUCCCCUUCAGCUUCUUCGCCUUCGGGUUUCUCGGCAAACACCUCUCUCACACUUUUGUUGCCUCUCUGGUUAAUGGAGGGACCUUGACGCCUUCUUCUCUAUUUCUCUCUAUCUCUCUCUCUUUGAUUUUCUUUCUCCCUUUCAGUGAUUACCAGCUUCAAUCUUUCAACUUCUUGUUGUAAUCUCAAGGUUUUAGUUCCCUUUAUGACUAUUUCAGCAGGUUGAGAGACGAACUCGAGUUUUUAUAUGAUAUGAUGUCCCCAACAAUAUUGGGUGAAGGGCAGGGUAAUGGUUCAGUAAUGGCUUCCUCAUCAACGUUGGACUGCAUUUCUCAGACGGGCUCGGCACUAAAAGAGCGCAACUACCUAGGUUUGUCUGAUUCUUCUUCAGUGGACAGCAGUGCGGCCUCCGGUGUCGUGAAUGAAAAGGACAGAUUGAAUCUUAAAGCUACAGAGUUAAGGCUUGGUCUCCCUGGAUCUCAAUCUCCCAAGCGAGAUUUAGAACUUAAUGGGCCAAGCACCGGAAAAUUUGAUGAAAAGCCUUUGUUUCCUUUGCUUCCUUCAAAAGAUGGAAUCUUUUCUUCUGUCAAGGCUUCUUUCACUGGGAACAAAAGAGGAUUCUUGGAUACCAUGGAAGGCUCUGUGACCACUGAGGCAAAUUGGAUGUUUACUAUUCCCAAAUCUGAUUCUCACACUCCUCAGUCAGCUGGACAAGGAAAUUUUGGUAGCAGUGCAGGGAUCAAAUCGAACGUGCCUCAGACUAAUAUGAAAGACAAACAGUUGAAAGCAUCACAGGAACAGCCUCAUGCAACCAAUGCAACAGCUCAUAACAAAAUGAGUUCUUCUAACAAUGCCAUCAAUCCACCCGCUGCUAAGGCACAAGUUGUUGGUUGGCCACCUAUUAGAUCGUUUAGGAAGAAUGCACUGACCUCCACCUCAAAGGUUAAUGAUGAAGUUGAUGGAAAACCGGGCCCUGGGGCUCUUUUUGUUAAAGUGAGCAUGGAUGGAGCUCCGUAUCUAAGGAAGGUGGAUCUUAGAACUUACGCCUCAUAUCAAGAACUUUCUUCUGCACUUGAGAAGAUGUUCAGUUGCUUUACCAUAGGACAAUGUGGAUCCCAAGGAGCUCCGGGCAGAGAAAAUUUGAGUGAAAGCAAGUUAAGAGAUUUCCUUCAUGGAUCAGAAUAUGUGCUUACAUAUGAGGAUAAGGAUGGUGAUUGGAUGCUUGUGGGAGAUGUCCCAUGGGACAUGUUUAUCGAGUCCUGCAAGCGAUUGAAGAUCAUGAAAGGCUCUGAUGCUAUUGGAUUAGCUCCCAGGGCGAAGGAGAAAUCCAAGAGCAGGAACUAGCUCCUGCUCGGGCAAAGUGACAGCUUCUCGAAACCCCCCAGCAAAUUGCAAGAGUAGAGAAGUGAGCGAGGAUUUGUGAUGAGGAAUGAAAAGCGGAUGGUUUGGAGAGUGGAGUAUAGAGCCUUUGGUGUUCCUGUCCAUGCAUCAUCGACUACCAAGAUGGACAUAAAUCUCUGUUUGUUCGUUCCCGAGUCUGAUUUAUUUUAGUAUCUUGUUGCGUUACUGAGAAGGUGUCUUCGUAAUUAAUACGUCUGUAUUGGAACACACUUUAUGUAUGAAGUGGUUUGAACAAUGACAUGUGAUUAGGAGACUUUGUAGCAAUGUGCUAUGUGGUUUGUUGGUUAUGUCUGCUGUUUAUGGUUGUGAAUGUUGAAUGUGAACCAAAGUUUAUAGCAAUCUCAUGUGUUUCAUGUGUC